UCUGAAAGCUGUAUAAACCAUGCCUCGCCCUGGUUACGUGGAUCAUUUCUCACGAUUGAAAGAUGAAGUUUGCAGUGGUUUUAGUAGUGGUGAUGGCCAUUGUGGCUGGACACAGGUUAGACGAGGAGGAUGAGGUUCCUGAUGUAGACAUAAGGAAGACCGACGUGAGGAAAGAGUUCGCUAGCUUUGUCAGGAAAUUCAGGAAAAGCCGAGGAAACUUGAGGAGCAAUGCUGACGUGAAGAAGAGAUACCAGAUCUUUGCCAAGAACAUUCAGACAGUUAAGAACCACAACAAAGAACGAUCUUCGUUCAGAAUGGAGGUCAACGACUUUGCUGAUAAGACUCUAAGAGAGAGACAGCAGUUCACUGGACUGGCUAACAUGACAUCAGUACACAAACGAUCAAGCACUGCGAGGUCAUUGGCCCUGAGAGACGCUAUUCCUGAUGCCUACGAUCACAGAGACGAGGGACACGUGACCGGCGUAGAUGACCAGGGAAACUGUGGUUCUUGCUGGACUUACGGAGUCGUAUACCCCUUGGAGGGAGCCGUCUCAAUCCUGUCAGGAAAAGCAGCUGUAGAGUUAUCUCAACAGGAAGUCCUGUCUUGUGCCUACGAGGAUGAGGAGGAAAGGAACGGUUGUAACGGUGGAUGGUACAUGGACGGUUGGAACUACGUUAAGGAACACGGUCAUCUAGCUACUGCUGCUGAUGAGCCCUACUUAGGAAUUGACAUGCAUUGCGACCCUGACAUUAACGAUAAACCUAACGGCUUUGCUGGAUACAAAGUUGUUGACUGGGAGAGGGUUCCCAAAGGAGACGACCAAGCUCUUGCAGCUUCCUCCUCCAAGAAUGUGGUAGCAGUCGCUGUGGAAUCUAUUGGGCUCUUCUUCUACUCUAGUGGUAUCUUCCUUGACGAGUACUGUGAAACUCCUGCUGCAGUCGAUCAUGCAGUCACUCUGGUCGGAUACAGCACUGACGCCUGGAUCGUUAAAAACAGUUGGGGUGAGAGUUGGGGAGAGAAGGGGUUCGUCAGGAUGGCUAGGUCCCUCCCCUCGCAUUGCGGUAUUGCUGAUUACGCUUACUACCCUCUCGUUGAGAAGGACGAAUAAAUCAUUAAAACAUGGUCAUCAGUGGUCUCAUUACAGUAUUCAAUUUAGUAUAUUAUUUGAAUUUUUAAUUCACCUAAAUAA